AUGCCCAGACGCCAGGGAGGUAUUAGAUUUGCUUCGAAGGUGUCCCUUACAUAUCCCCGAAGUGCGAGAAGAUCUGGAAGAACUCUUGUUGAAGAUGGUGGCCCUGUGUAUGUAUCUCGCACUAUUCCGACCGAUUGGAAAGGAGAUUAUGUCGUUAAUCUUGCGGCUGACGAUGAAGACGAUUCGAUACGCUACACGUUGCGGAAAGGUUCAACUCGUUCAAGUCGAAAAACCGUAGUUAAGGACGGAGACUAUAUGGUGUCCGAUGCCUGGCCUUUAUACAUACUUGUAAUAGCCAAGUCAACUCAAAUAGGCCUGCAUGGUUGUGUGCAUGAUCAAA